UUUCUAUCUUCUUCUGUACAUUAUUUGUACUCAUUCAAAAGACAUAUAAAUAGUACUACUCACUAUAGUAAGUAGAUGCAACUCACCCAUAUCCACAGAAACCAAAACAAAUCCUUUCAACUUCAAAGAAAUUGCCAUGGUUUGAUCCAUUAGUACUAUACACACAAACCAAAAUGAAGAAACCUAUAAUUCUUUAUUUGAUUCUAUUUUUGUUUACAAAUCUAAACACACCCCUUUUUGCAGGAUCUUCAUCUGAUUACACUACAUUGAUCUACAAAGGUUGUUCAAAAGAAACUUUCACAGAUCCAAGUGGAAUAUACUCCCAAACACUUUCCACACUCUUUGGUUCACUAGUUUCACAAUCCACCAAAACAAAAUUCUACAAAACCACUUCUGGCAGUGGCCAAAACAGCAUAACAGGUUUGUUUCAGUGUAGAGGAGAUCUCACCAAUUCUGACUGCUACAACUGUGUAAACAAGCUUCCAAUUUUGUCUAACAAACUAUGCGGCAAAACCAUAGCUGCAAGAGUUCAACUACUAGGUUGUUAUCUACUCUAUGAAGUUGUUGGUUAUGUUCAGAUAUCAGGUAUGCAGAUGCUGUACAAGACAUGUGGUGCAACGAAUGUUGCUGGAAUUGGUUUCGGAGAGAGAAGAGAUGCUGCUUUUUCUGUGAUGGAAAAUGGUGUGGCUAGUGGUCAUGGUUUUUAUACAACUAGCUAUAUGGCUUUUUAUGUUUUGGGACAGUGUGAAGGUGAUGUUGGUGACUCUGAUUGUGGACAGUGUGUGAAAAAUGCUGUUCAGAGAGCUCAAGUUGAAUGUGGUUCAUCAAUUUCAGGACAAGUGUUUUUGCAUAAGUGUUUUGUUAGUUUUAGCUAUUAUCCUAAUGGAGUUCCAUCUAGAUCGUCUCAAUCUUCAUACUCCUCAUUUUCUUCAGGGCAAAAUCCAGGGAAAACAGCUGCUAUAAUACUAGGAGGAAUUGCUGGAGUGGCUUUUAUAGUUAUAUUCUUGUUAUUUGCUAGGAAUUUGAGAAAGAAACACAGUGAUUAUUGACAGAAGCAGAAAAUGACUCUGAGAAGGCAAAGUUAUCUUCUGAUGAAUUUUUUCUUACAUAUUUAUGGUGAAUAAUUUGAUUGAUUUAGUAGGAAAAUCAUAUGAGGUGUUCCAAAAUAGUAAUGAUUAUUGUAAUAAAUGUUUAGAAGGGUUAGUAUUAUUUGUCAUCAUUAGCGGAUGAAAAUUUUGGGCCAUAUCAUAUUUGUUGUUGAGCCAUGUGGUUAGUUAUCUUUUUCAUUAUCUAGUUUUUCAUUGACUUCAAUGCUUUUGGAAAGUUGCAACUUGCAUUCUCCCUAGUUUUAUGUUUUUUUCUACCCUGAAAUACACAGAAUUUCCUAUAAUAUAAUAGCAACUUUGUAUUAAGAAUAUAUACUUUUUACCCCGAGAAAUUAUUAAUGUCUAUGUUAUUAUUUAUAAUAUACUUCGGUUUUAACAUUCCCGUGGUAAAUAUUUGAAUGAAGAAACAAUAUAAUGCCUAUGUUACUACACAAAAUGGAAUUUUGGCGAUACUUGUUACACUGUAUGUUUGACAUUUUUACAAGUACAAAUGCUGGCAUUAACAGUUUGGG